AUGUUAGACAGGACAGAGGAGAAGGAGGAGGAGGUGAUAGAAAAGAUUCAGGGUGAUGCCAAGCGAAACAGCUGCCCGCCCGGCUGGUCCAAAUAUGGAUCUAGAUGUUUCAUCUACAUCCACAGAGAGGUGCCCUGGGUAGAUGCAGAGAAAUUCUGUGUGCGUAACGGUGCCAAUCUCGCCUCUGUGCAUAACCCAGGAGAGUAUGAAUUCAUCCAGGAGGUUGUGAGGGGGAGCACAGGGCGCUUUCCUCAAGCCUGGAUUGGCGGGAAUGAUGCCAUAAAGGAUUUUGUAUGGCUCUGGAGCGAUGGGUCAGGGUUUUAUUACCAUGAUUGGAGCAUGGCUGAGCCUGACAAUCAUGAAAACAGCGAGAAAUGUGUUGUGAUGAACCGACCAGGUGACCUCCUGUGGGGGGAUGUGAACUGUGAGCUGAGGCGUUCCUUCGUCUGUGGAACAAGACCAGUUUAA